AUGCAAUUAGUGCCACCAUGUGUAUUGCUGAGAAUUAGAAUAGUUCUUAAAGGAGCUAAGGACAAGUUGGCCAAGGCUAUCUCAACCAAGGCCGAAGCCAUCCAGGACUUCAAUAUGUCUAAAGACUUUUCUAACCUCACUCUCGAAUUCUUCAUAAGCGGCUUUGAAGAAUAUUUCAAGCAGGCCAGUGCUAAGUGUCCUGAUUUGGACUUCUCAAAAUUUUAA